AUGUAUGAGCCAAGAAGAAAGGUUUUUUGGUUUGCAAUACUUAGUAGGAUAACAGUUUUAAUUUUGCAAUUUAUUUUCAAUAUUUUGUGUCCUGAUCAUUAUGCAGAUGCAUUUAGAAGCCCCGUUGAUAAGUCUCAACAAAUAUCAUUAUAUGACAAUGUGGUUGUAUUAUUAUUUGGUGGUCUCACACGAUGGGAUAGUGAAUACUUUAUACAUAUUACAAAAUAUGGCUAUACCUACGAAAAUACUUUGGCAUUCUAUCCAUUGUAUCCCAUAUUAAUUCGGUUUGUUGCUGCUUGUUUAAGAGUGUUUUUAGUAUUGAAUAUUAAUAGCUCUAUAAUUAUUGCUGGCAUACUAAUUAAUGCCAUAUGUUUUAUAAAAUCCGCUAUUAUCUUUUAUGAUCUCAGUAAAGUAGUGUUACGAAGAACAAGCACAGCUUACAAAGCAGCAAUACUUUAUUGCAUAAAUCCGGCUACUAUAUUUUUUUCUGCUAUUUAUUCAGAAUCUUUAUUUGCUUACUUAACAUAUUACAGUAUGUUAAGAUCUAUUAUUCUGGACAAAUAUGUAGGUUUUCCAAUAGGUUUAUCUAUUUUUACAAGAUCAAAUGGUAUAAUUAAUAUUGGCUUUCCCAUGUAUUUUGAAUUCAAAAGAUUGUGCUAUAGCUUUGUAACAAAAUAUGAAAAUUUUUCAUUUAGAACUUUGAGUCAAUUUUUAUUCAAAAUGACUACUUUAAAAAGUAUUUGUUUCAUGUGUAAUACAAUAAUUAUAUCAAUAGUACCAUUUCUUAUGUUACAAAUAUAUAAUUAUGUUAUAUUUUGUGUUCCUUAUUCAAAUGAAAUAUCUAUUCCUGAACAUGUUCUUAACUACAGCGUAUUAAAUAAUUUAGUAUUAUCAAGUAAUGAUAAUAUAGAAUGGUGUCAUGCUAAACUUCCAAUAGCAUACUCUUAUGUACAAACAAAAUAUUGGAAUGUAGGAUUUUUAAAAUAUUACGAAAUGAAGCAAAUACCAAAUUUUAUUUUAGCAUUUCCACUCCUAUACAUUAUUAUUACAUGUGUGAAAGAAUAUAUUACUGAGCACAGAAAAUAUUUUUGUACAUUAGGAUUUGUUGAAAGUGCUGAUACAGCAGAAGUCACUAAACUAAAGAAAUAGCCUGCUGAAAUGUUAGUGUUCAUUGUUCACGGUUUAUUUAUGACUAUAUUUUGCAUUCUUUAUGUACACAUUCAAGUAAGCACACGGUUAUUGUGUUCAGCAAGUCCAUUACUUUAUUGGUAUUGUGCUUUAACCAUGUGUCCUACAUCACACUGUGACGAUGACAUGGCAUUUGAAAAUAAAGAAAAUAUAUAUUCUAAAUGGAAAGUAUUUUUUUUAACACAAAAGGAAUAUGCUUUGCAAGAUAAACUUAUAUUAACCUACUUUCUGGGAUAUAUGAUUAUAGGAUGUUUCAUGUUUUCAAAUUUUUUGCCAUGGACGUAA